UAUCGGCAAAAAAGCUAUUAUCGGACAUCUCUAUCUGUAAUCUUUACAAAUAUAUAAAUAUAUCAUGCCUGCAGUUCCAGAUAAUUCAAGUCACUGAUGUCAAAUGGUUUGCAAAAAUAUUUUUACGUGCAUUACCUGAUUGUUAUUCGUAAUGUAUUUGUUUGGAAAUUGUUUUUGAAAGGAAGAAAAAUCUUUUGCCAUCAAUUCUUACGUCAAGUUAAUACACACAACUAAGAAAAGUGUGGAUUCAGUUUGAGUAUGUCAUAUUUAGUUCCACAUCAUACAUACAUAUUUCCAGAGAACAAUUUUGUGCUCAAUAACAUUUUACAAAAACAAAGAAAAUGAAAUUAAGAAUGUAUUUACAAAAGAUAACGUUUAAUUUUGAUUGACAUGGUCAGAUACAACUAUUCAUCUAAAUAUAGUUGUGUAGGGGUGAUCAAGGGUAUCUCCUCUAUGGGGGUCUUGGGGCACUAGGAGGUUAACCCCUUUACUACUGUUACCCGGGGUGGCCCUUGGCAAAGGCCUAGUACCUGACAGCCCCCUAGCCAGCGAUACGGUGAAGACCUCAACGGCGGAGCAGGCGGAAGAUUUAAGAACUACCACAAGGGCUGCGAUGGCGGAAGAAGGCUGCAGCAGAAAAGGGUCCCCAGUCGUCUUGGACUCCAUGCCACUGGACCCUGACCCGAUUCUGUCAAGGAUCGUGUGGUGGCUGUCUGUGCACCAGUGUACCCAGGUUAAACUAAGUCACGCACAGGCAUCCUCCAUUAAGGGAUACACGUCAUACUUGUUCGAGUGACCGCCGAUGAUCAAGGGUGAUGGGUCAAAUGCAGAGAAUAAUUUGACCACACCUCGUGUGUGUGACAACUUUACUUUAACAACACCGCAUCCUAGAUUAUUAGUCCUGUAGCUGAAUAAGGAAAGUGAAGCAAAACUACAGUAGAAUUGUGUGACUGAUAACGAGGACAUGGAUACAGUGUUUUCAAUAUAAGCACUAUUUAAUUGGUCUAAAGCAUUUAUGACAGCUAAUCAGGCUUAGUGGAUCUGGGUCAACUCCCAUGUGUGUGUGUACACUUCUCCAUCGCCCUUACGUCUACUUUGCUUUACCUGUUCAUUGGACUCAUUCAUGUCAAUCAAGCAGACAGCCCGGGAAAACCUGGUGAAGGCCAUCCCGCCCAAACUCCUCUGCUUGCUGGCCUGCGGGGGACUGGACUGUCGUUACGAAGGACCAGACUGUUGGAAAGCGAGCCAGCAGGUCAUCCGUGGCAUUUUCUCCUCAUGGGUGACCGAUGACAUCAUCGCUAUGGCACGGCCGUCCACAAUCUUGAUUGAAAAGUUCGACGUUAUAGAACAAUUUCAGAGGUUGAAUAUAAGAUCCAUCAUAAACAUGCAAGUACCUGGCGAACAUGCGCACUGCGGACCCCCUUUGGACCCUGGAAGUGGCUUCACAUACCUGCCGCAGAUCUUCAUGGAGAAUGACAUUUAUUUCUACAACUUUGGGAUGCCAGAUUUCGGCGUGUCCUCCCUCGUCGGCAUCAUCGAUGGCGUAAAGGUGUUGGCCUUCGCUGCGGGGGAGGGAAGGGUUGCUGUGCACUGCCACGCCGGUCUGGGCAGAACAGGUGUCCUAAUAGCCUGCUACUUAGUCUACACUUUGCGGAUCAGUCCCAGUGAGGCCGUGCACUACCCAGGGGUUACUCGCAGCCAGGGCCACUUGGAGUCUCCUGGUGAAACAACCUCAACGCUUUGUACGGGGCUUUAA